UGGCUGCGACGGGAGCAAGGGGCGACAGAGCCAAGGCGCUCGAGGCCAAGGAAGCCGGGGGACUCAUGUUCCAGAUCGGUGACUACGAGUCGGCGGUGGGUCACUACACCCGCGGCAUCGCAGCCGAUGGAUCGUACCAUGUGCUGUACUCCAAUCGGGCGGCGGCGUAUGCCAAGCUCGGCGAGCACGGGAAGGCUCUGGCCGAUGCUGAGACCGUCAUCGCUCUCAAACCUGACUGGCCCAAGGGCUACUCUCGCAAGGGCACCGCUCUCAUGUUUCUCGACCGGCCCGAGGAGGCGUACGAUGCGUUCUUUGCCGGCACCCAGGUUGAUCCUCAGCACGGGCCGUGCAUCGAGGGCGUCGGCCGCGCUCGCGCUGCUGCCGCUGCAAAGGCCUCCGCGGCGCUGGCCAGCUCGGCCCCGCUGGCGACCACCACUGUCGGCGGCGCCACGACACUGGCGAGCGGUGCUGACGCUGCUGCGCCGGCACUCGAUCCCAGCUCGCUCAAGCGCAAGCGGCCGGCGGCCGAAGACGCCACCGAGAGCACUGCCGGGGCGUCGAAGCGCCCGCGGCUUCCGGUUUCACGCGGUAGCCAGCUGCUCAUCGCCGGCGCCAGCGCCUUCCGCGCUGCCCUGCCCGAGGCCGCCGACGCCGAGACGGCUGCCGUCAAGACUGCGGCUGCCGACGGCCACACUGUCGCCGAGUCGGUGGUCUGGGUCGAGGAAAAGACAAAGCUGAAGCAGCUCGACGAGCUCGCCCGUCGGUUCAAGACGCUUCACGCCGGUCAGCACCGCUCAGGCCCGCUGGUUGUUGCCAUCGAUACCGAGCUCGGCGCACCGAUCCUCGCCAAGCACCUCGCCAAGAUUACCGGCCUGGACACUGCCUCGCUCACGAGCUCGUCCAGUGCUGCGGAGCGCGCCCUGGCCUUUCCGUCUCACAGCACUUCAGGACAGGCAGCGCCACCAGCGGUUGUCGUCGCCUCGCACGCCGCGCUCCUGCAGCCCGGCACCAUGACCGCCUCGUGGCUGGUCGUCUACGACCUGCCGACGGCCUCGCCAGGCAUCUAUCUGGUGGUCUCGAACCAGACCAGGCCUCUUUACCGCCCUCGCUGA